AUGACGACUCCUGCACCCGAGAGUUUGAUUGGCGAGGCCGAGGCCCGAGGGGAGUUGCUGGCUGACCUACAGUGGGAGCACUUGGAGUUGAAGAAUUCAUUGCUGAAGGCGGUUCGGGUGAAGGGGUUUGCGAAGCCUACAAUCAUUCAAGCGAAGGCGUUGGGCAUCAUUUUGGCUUCGAAUGAGAAUUUCAUCGGGCAGGCAAAGAAUGGUAGUGGGAAGACUGCGGCCUUCUCACUGGCGGCCCUGAGUAAAGUGGACGAGCGAGAAGCACGAUGCCAGGCGCUAAUUAUAGCCCCAGCCCGGGAAUUAGCGCAACAGAACUUGGACGUCUUGCGAGACCUAGGGCAAUUUACGGAAGUGAAAGUCGAGCUGGGGUGUCCUCCACUGCAGUCUCCGCCCCGCGCUCACAUUAUUUCUGGAACACCCGGUAAGAUUGAAGAUUGGCUUCGACGGGGCGCUCUAGACGGUUCCGCCAUCAAAAUUGUCGUCUUGGACGAGGCCGAUACCAUGCUGGACGGCGCAGACUCAAACAGCAUGGCCGCGACUAUGAUGAAAAUCGUCAAGAAGUGCCCGAACGCGCAACGGCUAUUAUUUAGCGCAACGUUUCCAAAACGUGUGCGCGCGUUUUCGCAAUCGAUCGCGCCGAACGCCCAUAGAGCGACUUUAAAGAAAACGGAUUUGAAAGUGUCUAGUCUCUGUCAGCUUUGGUCUAGUUUAAGUUCAGACAAUUACGGAGCGAAGAAUGAAGCUGUUAGCUCCGUUUUCAACCUGCUCACCGCUGGCCAAGGCAUUGUCUUCUGCAAUACCAUUCGCGGCGCGGAUCAGCUGGCCAAUUUUAUGAAGCAACAGGGUUUCUCAGUCACGCUUCUGGUGGGUCGUAACGUUAGUCCGAGCGAACGUGACGAGCGAAUGAAGGAAUUCAGAAACAAGACAACGACCAUCUUAGUUACCACCGAUGUGCUCGCUCGAGGUAUAGAUGUGCCCGCUGUCAAUCUCGUGGUGAACUAUGAUAUGCCCGUGCUGUAUGAAAACGGUCAACGCACUGAUCAAGCAGCCACCGAAACCUACCUUCACCGCGUGGGACGCGCCGGGCGCAUGGGCCGCCGUGGCUUCUCCCUUUCCUUUAUAGCUAACCCGGAAGAGAAGCUGCUGUUGGAACAAGUUGCGCAAGAGUAUGAUUUGCCAAUCCACGAAAUACCGUCAGACUACAUGCAGUUGCGCGAGCUGCUUAGGACAUUGGAGAGGGAGAAUGGAACCGGCGAAGGCGGCCAAGACUAG